GCGGUGACAGACGACGCUACAUUGCUAGCUGUUUCGAAAAUGAAACUGGGUGCUGUUUGACUGCGAGGGGAAGAAAAGAAAACGAAAAUAAGACGGUUAACGGAUAGAAUUUCCGGGGCUUCACUGUUUCACACGGACACGGCGGAGGCGGAAGAAGCGGACGGUAACGACUGCGGAGAUUUGAGGGGUGACAUAUUUUUGGUGAGGGAGGCAGGCCUGUGCUGUCAAACCACGACAACAACAACACCUGAAUCAGUGCUCCUCGAUUGGCUUCAAGCGUUGAUUUAUCACCGAUAAUUACCAUAUUUUAACCACCACCCAUCAAGUGUCAGCUAUUUGUAACAUUUACUUGGAAAUGUUGAGUCAACACCAGAGCUGGAUGGGACGUAGUGUACUGGAAUGGAGGGCCUCGUCCUAUCUACAGUAGAACCAUCUCUGCCUCUACACCACCAUGUGUUGUUAUUGGUUUGGAUAAGCUAAAACCUACAUGUACAAUAAAUAAGUCUGUAGCAGCAGGUUCGGCUUCGUGGUGAGACUGAAGCGGCUGUCACUAUGGCGCACUUUGACACAGAGUACCAGCGCCUGGAGGCGUCCUACAGCGACUCUCCACCUGGAGAGGAGAACCUGCUGAUGCAUGUGCCUGAAGGAGCCAAAUCUCAAUGGCACCACAUAGAAAACCUGGACCUGUUUUUCCAGAGAGUUUAUAAUCUGCACCAGAAGAAUGGAUUCACCUGUAUGCUGCUGGGAGAAAUCUUUGAGCUGGUUCAGUUGCUGUUUGUGGUUGGCUUCACAGUGUUUCUAGCUAACUGUGUGAAUUAUGACGUCCUCUUUGCCAACAAGUUUGUACAUCACAACAAUUCAUCUAACGUCACCUUGCCUGAUGCGUCAUCUAAAAUCACCUUGCCUGAUGCGUUCCUUGGAAUGGAAUGCUGCAGUGCCAAUAUCCGACACAAUGCGUUUGUGAUCUUUUUGCUGAUAAUCUCUGGGGUGUUUUGGCUACAUCGCCUGGUCAAAUUCAUCUACAAUGUUUGCUGUUACUGGGAGAUCCGAUCCUUUUACAUCAACGCCCUUAAGAUGACCAUGUCAGAGCUCCCCUAUGCAACAUGGCAGGAGGUUCAGGCCCGGAUCGUUGAGAUCCAGAAGGAACACCAGAUCUGCAUCCACAAAAAAGAACUGACGGAGCUUGACAUUUAUCAUCGCAUCCUCCGUUUUAAAAACUACAUGGUUGCCAUGGUGAACAAAUCACUCCUUCCUGUGCGAUUUCGUCUUCCUGCUCUUGGCGAGUGUGUGUUUUACACCCGGGGUCUCAAAUACAACUUUGAGCUCAUCUUCUUUUGGGGACCAGGCUCUCUGUUUGAGAAUGAGUGGAGUCUGAAACCAGAGUACAAGAGAGGAGGUAACAGGCUUGAGCUUGCUGACAGGCUAGCAUCUCGUAUUUUGUGGAUUGGCAUUGCCAAUCUGCUGCUGUGUCCUGUCAUUCUUGUGUGGCAAAUUCUCUACGCCUUCUUCAGUUACACAGAGGUGAUCAAGCGAGAGCCCGGUUCUCUGGGAGCAAGAUGUUGGUCUCUCUAUGGUCGAUGUUACCUUCGUCAUUUCAAUGAACUGGAUCACGAGCUGAUGUCACGCCUCAGCAAAGGAUACAAGGCUGCAUCCAAGUAUAUGAACUGUUUCCUUUCACCACUGCUGACAGUGGUUGCCAAAAAUGUAGCGUUCUUCGCUGGGUCUCUUUUAGCCGUCCUCAUCGCCCUGACCAUCUAUGAUGAGGACGUUCUUGCAGUGGAGCAUGUUCUCUCAUCAAUCACACUGCUCGGAGUGUGUGUCACAGUCUGCAGGUCAUUUAUUCCUGAUAAGCAUAUGGUGUUCUGUCCUGAGCAGCUGUUGCGGGUCAUCCUCGCUCAUAUCCACUACAUGCCUGACCACUGGCAGGGCAAUGCACACAGAUACGAGACCCGAGACCAGUUCUCCCAGCUCUUCCAGUACAAAGCAGUGUUUAUUUUAGAGGAGCUCCUAAGUCCAGUGGUGACUCCCAUCAUCCUCAUCUUCUGUCUGAGAAGAAAGUCUCUGGAGAUCAUUGAUUUCUUCAGGAACUUCACUGUGGAGGUGGUCGGGGUGGGAGACACCUGCUCCUUUGCACAGAUGGACAUCAGGCAGCAUGGACACCCUGCGUGGAUGUCAGAGGGGAAAACUGAGGCAUCCAUCUACCAGCAGGCAGAGGAUGGGAAAACGGAAUUAUCUCUGAUGCACUUCGCCAUCACCAACCCCCAGUGGCAGCCUCCUCAAGAGACCACACACUUCAUCAGCCAAUUGAAAGAAAGAGUUCACAGAGAAGCCACAGGGGCUCCAUGCGACACUCAUCCACUGUCCUUGUCAGAGUCUGAACCGAGGAGUCUUGUCGCAAACCUUUUGGCAGGCCCCUCUACAUUAGCCUCUGUUCAUUUUGGCCGGGACGCCUCUUUGACCAAUCAUGCAGCAGUUGGUAUGAGCGAUGGGGCAUCUGCAUUGCGUUCACUUUCGCCAAUCAGCAGUAGUCUUCACCUGAGAGGCAGUUUGAGUGCAGCUCGGGUUGUUGGCCACACUAUCAAAACAAUGGCAGGCUCAGGGACUGAUGCCCGAACUGUGAGUUCAGGCAGCAGUGCGUGGGAGGGUCAGCUUACCAGUCUGAUCCUGUCAGAGUAUGCCUCCACUGAGAUGAGCAUUCAUGCACUUUACAUGCAUGAGCUCCACAAACAGCAGUCUCGCGGCGAGCUGUCCCGUCACACGUGGCACAGACAGGAGAGUGACGAAAGCAGCGACAGCGUCCCCGACGAAGUGAGGAGUGAACCCAACACUCACUCCAGAAAUUUCCCUCGCUCACACACUUUCCCCACCACAGUUCCCAGUCCCAGUGCCAUUCCCAGUUCAGCUUCAGCCACCAGCAGUACCACCAUGGGCCAGGAGGGAGCGGCAUCACAGAGCAGCAAUCAGCGGCGCUAUAGUGGCCCUCCCACCGACACUUUCGGUGCAGCAGGAAGGGUUGUGAGGUCGGCCCGUGUGCCCAUGGGAGGAUGGGCAGAGGAGGGUCAAACAGCACAACGACACCAUGAGCCACUACCAGAGGAGAGCUCAGAGGAUGAGAUGCCUCCUCGCAUACAUAAGGUUACAUAAUCAAGCCAAGUGAAUAAGUGUCUGCGUCCUACCCUCUUUAGAUACCCAAACACACGUCCUUAUCCUUAUCCAAACCUUUUACCAGGACUAAUCAUCUGAUCUGACAGAUGAAGAUGGAAAUGUGCAAGAAGGGCAGACCACAAUUCAUUCAAACUCUCAACUAGUGGAAUUAUCUGGACAAGUUUAGGCUGAUGUCACCAUUGCUGUUAAAAGACGCUCUCAUAACAUCCAUGACUUUACUAUAAGCCUAAACAGGCAGACAGGAUAAUCCUGUUUAUCAGAAGAGGACUGAAAGGAUCAAGUAAUUUCUAAUAGCCACUGAUAACAUCAGAUUACACUACUGUACACAGUUUUACAAUAUCAAAAGAUUACAUAAUGAAAGUGCGUGUGUUGUUAUGACAUGAACAAUUUUGACACUCAGCACUGCUGGACGCAUCCUUUGCACAUUGCAAAUUACUAACCAAUUAGCCUAAAAUGUGACCACAAUAAUCCAGAUUGUGCAUUCUGUAUUGUUCCCGCUUUAACAAAUCAGAUGGCAUGAGAAGGAAAUUGAAGAAUGUAUGGUGUCUCUAUAACAAGGCAAGCAUUCACCAAAAUGUGUUAACAAAAAUGCUGGUAACAUGCAGACUUUCACUGUGUAUAUCUGUUGUACAACUAGCAGGAGGCUGUGUUUUCAACCAAGUGUUCUGUAUUUCAGCUUGCAUUUUGCCUCUUUGCAAAGCAUAUGAAGGCCACAACUAGUUACCAUCUGAUAUUUUUAAUAUGUUGUAGAAUUUUUUCUGCAUUUACAACAGAUUUUUCUUAAGUGCUCGGAAACUUCUCCCAAAAUCUGGCGUCAUUUGCACAGACAGAUGUUGGUUUAAAAGGUAAAUUGUGCAGAGCGACACGGUAAUCUGCAUGCAGACAGGCACUGUGUAAAUAAAUGUUAUCAGGUUACUUCACUGCAACCGUGAAUAUUGAAUUCAUUAGAUUUACACAAGUGUCAGGCAAGCGUUGUGUGAUGUGCAACUAGAAAUACUGUAUUUGAGCACAUUGUAAUCUGAUGUCAACCAACUUUUGUUCCUUUACUGUUUGUCCAUUUCACAACAGACUUGCUAAAGGGUUCAGCAAACAAACAAGGCUGCUUUAGGCAUGUAAUAUUGAAUUUUCUGGCAUACAAAUAGGACCCAGGCUCAUGUGCAUGAACAUCACCCCACUUAUUCAUCAAGAGUUGAAAGUAGAUCACCCCACAGCAAGCAAACUGUCCUAUGUACCACAUCUUGCUUAGUCACAGCAUGGCAGUUUCCCUGUCAUUAAGCCAAUUCUGUAAAUCAAGAUUAAUGCACUUUAAUAAUUUGUUAAUGCAGAAGAGGGUGUCACUUAACUCGGAUUGUGUGUUUGUGUCUAUUUUCGUAUGCAUAUUUUUAAAUUAUUUUAUUUAUCAAAGGGAUGUGCCAUUAUGAUCGACAGCUGUGAGUCCAGGUUGGGUUUUUUUCUGUUGGAUCGGGAUGAAGAAGCGCAGCCACACACUGUUGGACGGGUAUCACGAUGAAGGAUGCAGGGAUUAAAAUUGAUAACUGUUGUUUUUGUUUUGUUUUGUAGAUCCUGUAAAAUACCAUUUUGUACAGCUGUAUAUUCAUCUAUUAAAGACAAGGCAAUGA